AUGCCUCGGCUUCCUCGACCAACCUUCAACAUCCGCACUGCUCUUUCCGGACCCGUCACCAGCCCUGCUCGAGAAAAGGAACUGAGGCUAGUCAAGAAAAUUGAUAUUUCCCCAGAGAUUCAAUCCCUCCUCGAGACGCCGACAUGGUCGGUAUCUUCGCUGUUGCCUCCAUCAUCACGGCGAUCUAGAGGUAGAGACUCGACGACGAGGACAGGCAAGACUUCAUCCGAAGCACAAGCAGCCUCGAGAGACGAGGAUACGCUGGGCCCGAAAGAGAUAACGCGUGAGAAACUUCACCACCUCCUCCGCCUCUCCGCCCUCCCCCUCCCCAGUUCUCCCGCCGAAGAAUCCCAAAUGCUCCAAGAUCUGCGCGACCAAGUACACUUUGUCAAGGAAAUUCAAAAAGUUGAUACAACAGGUAUCGAACCUCUUGUGGCAAUCCGCGAUGAGACCUCAGAACAUAGACGAGAACGCACCAUCAACCGGUCGACAUUGGCCGAAUUUCUCGCACUUGAGGAGAAGAAGGGCAAGAAUGGAACGAUAAGAAGAAGAAGAGAUACGUAUCAGGUCACAAGCUUUACGCCAGACAGCCAGCCAUGGAAGGAGGAUCCGUUAGCUUGGAGCAAGGUUGAGGACCCCUGGGAACUUGGUGAAGGUGAAGAGAGUCGAAAGAUAGGGAGGUUCUUUUUUGUCAAAAGACAGGCCCCUGAGCUAGAGCGCGAAGGGACGGGAAAAGAGGAGGGAGGACAGAAUGUGAAGGGAAAGGAAGUGGAUUGA